GCUAUGUGCACCAAAGAAAUUAAUCAAACAAGGUCACUUGUUGCUGAUAUAACAUAUAAUUGCUGACAAGUGUUGAUUUUAUCUUUGGGGUUUUAACUAAGCUUCAUUUCUCUAGUUAACUACCAGCUGAACAGGGAACCUAGCAACAAAAACGAGCACUGUCUUUUCCACUAUGCUUUUCUGGGGAGUUUCUCACAGUUUAAAAGUGCCAUUUACUCUCUGGUCUCUCCGUCUGGGAAACUGCCCCAUAAUGUGUUCCAGACAUUUGUCCCUGUGUUGUGUAUUGCAGCUGUGUGAUGUGGAGGAGGACUAUGAGUACAGUGUCCAGUUCAGUAAGAACAACCUGGGCCUGGGAUUCACCAUCACCAGCUCCAUAGGGAAGCAGAACUCUGGGGUGCACGUGAAGAGCAUCGUGAAAGGCAGCGCUGUGGACCAAGACAAUCAGAUACACAUUGGAGACAAGAUCUUAGCUGUGGAUGGUGUAAGCCUGCAGGACUGCAGUGAGCAGAGAGCCCUGGAGGUCCUCAGGAAGACGGGCCAGAUAGUCAGGCUGAGGCUGAUGAGGAGGGCCUCUAGGAUGGGUGAAACCAUGAAGUGUCCCCCUGCUCCUCUGGAGCCCUACAUCCACACCCGUACAGAGACAGGGAAGCAUGGCCAGACAGACCAGACCGGGUUCAUCAAGAGAGGAAGACAAAUGUCUCUGCGUGAGAUGUCCAGAAGAGCCAGUAUGGUGUACUCUGAACAACGACUAGACGCCAGAACCGGUGUGAAGCUGAUGGCAGCAGAAGAAGAGGAAUUGAAGAACAGGUGGCAGGCUGCUCUGGGACCCAGAUACCAAGUGGUUGUGUGUCAGCUAGAGAGGUUCAGUGAGACCAGUGGUCUGGGCAUCAGUAUGGAGGCCAGGGCAGGACACCACUACCUGUGCUCCGUCUUACCUGAGGGGCCUGUCGGACAGAGCAGGAAGAUACACACUGGAGACCAGAUACUGGAGGUGAACGGCAUCCCUCUGAUAGGAGAGACUCACCGAGAGGUGAUCAGCAUUCUGAGAGAGCUGCCUCUGUGUGUUUGUAUGGUGUGCUGCCGCAUCGUACCUCCACAGCUACGGGACACUGACCAUGACGAUGGUGAAGAUGUACAGCUCCCCCUCAAAGAGCUACUGGCUGAGUUCAAUGACAAGUCCCAGUAUGACCAGCCCUGCUGUCUACUUCCUGGUUGUAACAACAUGGAUUGUGGGAGUCGUGGUUUUAAUAAGCCUGUGUCUCCUCCUCUGGCCAUGUGGGAGAGAGACAGUCAGGUGAUAGAGCUGGUGAAGGGAGAGGGAGGCCUGGGAUUCAGCAUCCUAGACUACCAGGACCCAGAGGAUGCCUCUAAAACUGUCCUGGUGAUCCGCUCCCUAGUCCCUGGUGGCGUGGCCGACUCAGACGGCCGCUUGCUGCCCGGUGACCGGCUCAUGUCCGUUAACGACGUGGACCUGGUCAGAUCAACGCUGGAGCACGCAGUGCACGUCCUCAAAACCACCGGCUACGGCACCGUGCGCAUCGGCGUCGCCAAGCCGCUAUCG